GGUGACUUGCUGGUGUCCCGCCCCUCCUCUCCUUGCCCGCUGUCUUGAUCAAGCCGAGCUUACCCGGGUGCACUGCCAGUGUGUGCUUGGUGCCGGCUACACUCAUGGCUCUGCCGCUGAGGUUCGACGGGCGUGUGGUCCUGGUCACCGGCGCCGGGGGAGGACUGGGCCGAUCUUAUGCCCUGGCUUUUGCAGAAAGAGGAGCGUUUGUGGUUGUGAAUGACUUAGGAGGAGACUUCAAGGGAGUUGGUAAAGGCUCCUCAGCUGCAGACAAAGUCGUGGAAGAAAUAAGAAGGAGAGGUGGGAAGGCAGUGGCUAGUUACGAUUCGGUUGAAGAAGGAGAGAAGCUCGUGAAGACAGCACUGGAUGCUUUUGGCAGAAUAGAUAUUGUGGUCAACAAUGCUGGAAUCCUGAGGGACCGUUCCUUCUCCAGGAUAAGUGAUGAAGACUGGGAUAUAAUUCAUAGAGUUCAUUUGCGGGGCUCCUUCCAAGUGACCCGGGCAGCGUGGGAUCAUAUGAAGAAACAGAAAUAUGGAAGGAUCAUCAUGACUUCCUCAGCUUCUGGCAUAUAUGGCAACUUCGGCCAGGCAAAUUAUAGUGCUGCAAAGCUGGGCAUUCUGGGCCUCUGCAACACUCUGGCAAUUGAAGGCAGGAAGAGCAACAUUCACUGUAACACCAUUGCCCCCAAUGCGGGGUCCCGGAUGACACAGACUGUGAUGCCGGAAGACAUUGUUGAAGCCCUGAAGCCAGAUUAUGUGGCCCCUCUGGUCCUUUGGCUUUGCCAUGAGAGCUGUGAGGAAAAUGGUGGCUUAUUUGAGGUUGGAGCAGGCUGGAUUGGAAAAUUGCGCUGGGAGCGGACCCUCGGAGCCACUGUUAGGCAGAGGAAUCAGCCCAUGACUCCCGAGGCAGUGAGGGACAACUGGGAGAAGAUCUGUGACUUCAGCAAUGCCAGCAAGCCGAGGACCAUUCAAGAAUCAACGAGUGGCAUACUUGAAGUUUUACAUAAAGUAGAUUCAGAAGGAGUCUCCCAAAACCACACAAGUCAUGCGGUAUCUGCAGCCACAUCAGGAUUUGCUGCUGCUAUUGGCCAUAAGCUUCCUUCAUUCUCCUCUUCAUAUUCGGAACUGGAGAGUAUUAUGUAUGCCCUUGGCGUAGGAGCUUCUGUCAAGAAUCCGGAGGAUUUGAAGUUUGUGUAUGAAGGAAGUGCUGACUUCUCCUGUUUGCCCACCUUUGGUGUUAUUAUUGCUCAGAAGUCCAUGAUGAAUGGAGGGCUAGCAGAGAUUCCUGGGCUGUCAAUCGAGUUUUCAAAGGUUCUUCAUGGGGAGCAAUACUUGGAGUUGUAUAAACCGCUUCCUCGAUCAGGAGAAUUAAGAUGUGAAGCAGUUGUUGCUGACAUCCUGGAUAAAGGAUCGGGCAUAGUGAUUGUUAUGGACGUCCAUUCUUAUUCUGGGAAGGAGCUCAUAUGUUAUAAUCAGUUCUCAAUCUUUGUUGUUGGCUCUGGGGGCUUUGGUGGAAAACGGACAUCAGAAAAACUCAAAGCAGCUGUGGCUGUACCGAGACGACCUCCUGAUGCGGUCCUGAGAGACACCACCUCAUUGAAUCAGGCUGCUUUGUACCGCCUCAGCGGAGACUGGAAUCCCUUACACAUUGACCCUAGCUUUGCUAGCAUUGCUGGUUUUGAGAAGCCCAUAUUACAUGGAUUAUGUACUUUUGGAUUUUCUGCAAGGCAUGUUCUACAGCAGUUUGCAGAUAAUGAUGUGUCAAGAUUCAAGGCGAUUAAGGUUCGUUUUGCCAAGCCAGUGUAUCCAGGACAAACUCUUCAAACUGAGAUGUGGAAGGAAGGAAACAGAAUUCAUUUUCAAACCAAGGUUCAAGAGACCGGAGACAUUGUCAUUUCAAAUGCGUAUGUGGAUCUUGUGCCCUCCUCUGGAGUCUCAGCUCAGGCACCUUCUAAGGGUGAGGAGCUUCAGAGUGCUCUCGUGUUUGGGGAAAUAGGUCGCCGCCUUAAGGACGUUGGACGUGAGGUGGUAAAGAAAGUAAAUGCUGUAUUUGAGUGGCAUAUCACGAAAGGUGGAAAUAUUGCAGCCAAGUGGACCAUUGACCUGAAGAAUGGCUCUGGAGAAGUGUACCAAGGCCCUGCAAAGGGCUCCGCUGACACCACCAUCAUAAUUUCUGAUGAGGAUUUCAUGGAAGUGGUCCUGGGCAAGCUUGACCCUCAGAAGGCCUUCUUCAGUGGCAAACUGAAGGCCAAAGGGAACAUCUUGCUGAGUCAGAAGCUCCAGAUGAUUCUUAAAGACUAUGCCAAGCUCUGAAGGGCCCACUGUGCUGUCAACAAAAAUGGAAUAAUUACAUACUCCGCCCAGUUAUGCUCCAAUAUUCUGUGACACGAUCAACAGUAACACGCAGCAGAAAUCGCUUAACAUUUUCAGAUUUCAGAUGACUUUCAGAUUUUCAUUUUCUACUAAUUUUUCAUAUAUUAUUUUUACAAGAAACUGUAAUCUAGCUAGCAAGUAAUUAUUCUGUCCUUAGAUCUGUAUCUUAAUAAAAAAUUUUCAAGUCUGGUUUCUUUAGAAUUUGUAAUAGCAAUAAUAUGUUGAAAGGAAAAUUGAAUGAAUAAAAGCCACCUAAUGCUCA